AUGUCUGAGGAUGGAAUCAAAGAAAUUGAGGAGAACACGGAGAAGGUAAAUUUGGAAAGUGAGAUGGCAAAUGAUGAAGAAGUGGACGAAGAGAAUGAUGACAUCACGAUUCCCGAACUUCCCGAAGGGAAAAUUCUAGAGCUCCGUCUGCUCUCCAAUUGGGGUGAUCCCAAUUAUAUUGGCUUGAAUUCGGUGGAGAUAUUCACGUCGACAGGGGAGAGAGCUGUUGUAGAGAACAUAACAACAAAUGUCACUGAAUACACUGGAAACUUGGAGUCCCUCCUCGUCGAACGUAUCCGUUGUAAGGAUACUGAAAAAAUGUGGUGCGCCAAAAAAUCACCAGAAAAUCUAGAUGGACAAAUUAUAUUGAGACUGAAAUUCAAGGAGUCUUGUAAAUUGGCUCUCGUCAGGUUUUGGAACUACAACGCUUCUCGUGUACAUGCUCAAAUUGGUGUCAGAUAUUUGGAGAUGAAUCUGGAUGGAAUCGGUAUAUUCAGAGGAGAACUUGAGUGUGCUUUCUCGGCGGAUUCUGAGUUCACACCGAUUAUGGGAGAGACUGUCCUCUUCACGACCUCCGAGAGUAUCCUAGAACUCAUUGCUGUCCAUGACGUUUGUCUCAUCAACCUUCCCGAAGAGCCCAUCGCCAACACUACAACACUCGAGCUACUGAAAGCUGAUCAUUUAACACCGUACCGCCCAUCGACUUGUGAAGAAAAGGAUACUCCAAACACACCGAAUAUCUCACUUCCUGCUCCGAAAUUUCCAGCAGCGUUGAGUUGUCCGCCGACGGGGUAUAGGCACGAUGUGAAAGUCCUCCACCUGGAACUUCUCACCAACUGGGGAAUGGACGGAUUGAUUGGGUUGACUGGAAUGGAAUUGGUUGAUGAUCGCAACCAGUUAAUCGAUGAAUCUCAGUUUACAGUCGUCACUUCAGAUGGAAACAAGGAGCAGACUGCGAAACUGUUCAAUGGCCGUAACCUAACACGUGACCCACAAGACAUGUGGCUUGUUGACUUUGAUUCCAAGAAACCAGUCACCAUAACAAUUACUUUCCAUGAAAUUGUUGCCCUAAAAGCAAUCUCAAUCUGGAAUUAUAACGCGAGUUUCGAGAUGUCAUACGCUGGAGUCAAGGCAUCAAAAAUCUAUGUAAACGGGAAGUUAUUCAAGAAUAUUGUUUUCCGAAAAGCCACUGGAUUCGUCUAUUUUGAUUACGUUCAAGAUAUUGUUCUGGAUCCAAAUAUGACGGAAAAUGAGCAUGUGCCAAAGGGAAUCAGUCAGAGUAUCGGAGGGUUCGUCUUCCAAAUCCGGCUCCUCUCCACUUGGGGUGACGAGUUCUACAUUGGACUCAAUGGAAUCGAGUUGUAUAAUCGGAAGGGAGAGCUAAUUAAAGUUCGAGAGAAUAAUCUGGCAGCAUUCCCAGAGAGUGUCAACAUCCUUCCGAAUAUCAAGAAUGACUUGAGAACUUCCAAUAAUUUGAUCACUCCGCCGAAUGAUACUGAUAUCGCCAAACACAUGUGGCUGACUGCUCUUCUUCCCAAUCGAUGUGCUCGUGUCUUUUUCGUAUUUGACGUUCAAACGUACAUCUCCAAAAUUGUGAUCUACAACUACCGUAAAACUCCGGACCGUGGUGUCAGACAUAUUUCGGUAACCGUCGACGACCUGAUCAUUUUUUCCGGAGAAGUUCCAGAAAGUACCGAGACAAUCACUGGAAAGCUGGAAAUUAAUUUGAUGGAUCUUUAA